GCAUUGUGUUGUUUGCUUUAAUUUUGGUUUUUUUGUAAAACGUUAUUUAAAUAUUAUUGUGUGUCCGACUCAACAAUAAAACGCAAAUGUUGUAUGUAUUUAUCGUAUCGUUAUGAAUACAGCUAAAUAAGCCGCUGCGCCGCCGCAUAAAUGAUCAGCACGUCGAACAGCAGCAGCCUGAUGAGGUCACAGGACGGUCAGCAGGCAGCGGGGCUGCCGCGACCCAAAAACAAUACGCCAAGCUCACAGCUGACGUCCGAUGAGAAUUAUGCUGUAUUUCAGUUAUUGGGGAGAAAGUGUCAGUCACUAAACACUGCCGUUGUGCAGAUCUACAAAACGGAGGGCAGCGCCCACUCGCACUGGAAGAAGAAGCAUACGGGAGUCGUGUGCUUCGUUAAGGACAGCGCCAUACGUUCGUAUUUCCUUCGUGCCUAUUGCCUCAUCAGGAAUGAACUGAUCUGGGAGCAUGAGAUCUACGAUGGCAUGAAGAUUGUGAAAUCGCGACCCUUCCUGCUAACUUUUGAAGGCAACGAUGGCUACGUGGGAUUGAACUUUGUCUCCGAGGAUGAAUGCGAUUCGUUCUUUCAAAUGGUGGACACCACCCUCGAGACGCGCAAUCGCAAGCGCCAGGAGAAACGCAAUCGCCAAAAGGCGCAACAGGCGCCCAAUGCGCCAACAGCGCCGCUGCCACGCGAACCUGCGCGGCCACCUUCAAUUCAACAGAACCGAGGGGCAUCCGCCUUGGAUGGCAAUACCGUGCAGUUGCGCAACAAUAAGAUUGGCUCGGUGACGCUGGCACCAGCGGCUCCAACGCCGGCGCCGACGAAAAACUUCUUGUCCAGCAACUUUGGACUGAGCGGUGGAUCGGGGGGUAAGGAUAAGAAGCGAAAGAAUAAAGUGACCAAAGCGGACAUCAGUCAGCCGACAAAUUUCGUGCACAUCAGUCAUGUGGGCUGGAAUGCGGAUAAGGGGUUCGAUCUGACUGGCAAUGAGAACGAUAAAGUGCUAACCGAUUUCUUCGCCAAGGCGGGUGUCUCAGAGUCGGAGCUAAAUGAUCGCGAUACCCGUGCAUUCAUCUAUGACUUUAUUAAGAGCAAUAAUGUGCUGGAUUCGGUCAAGCAGGAGGAGAUUGAAUCGCCCACGCAGCCAACAGCACAUAUGCCGCCGCCGGUGCCCAGUCGCCAGGCUCAUCAUUCACAGAAUGGCAACCAAAGAAGUGCGCCGCCGCCACCGCCGGCUCGUCAACCGCCGCCGCCGUUGCCCACAACGGCACCUGGCGCUUCACGUGCACCGGCGCCACCUAGCAGACCGCCACCCAUCACUACGGCGCCACCGCCGCCGCCACCAACGGUCUCUCCGCCUGCAGCAGCGCCACCACCACCGCCACCACCUCCGCCAGCGGUUGCACCACCACCACCGCCACCAAUGCCCGUAGCUGAAAUACCCGUCAUUGCAACAAAUCUAGCACCAGCUCAGGCCAGCAAAGCGCCUGUUCCCGUGGAAACGGAUUCGCGCAGUGCGCUCAUGGAUGAGAUACGCAAGGGCAAAAUGCUUAAGGCCGUGGACCACAGCAAUGCAAGCCCCGCCUCCGGUGGUGAUCUGCGUGAUAAUCUAUUGGGUCAGAUACGCGAGGGUUACGCACUGAAACCGGUGACGGAACGCAAAUUGGCUGAGCAACGUGUCAGUGACGAUGGCACCGGCGGCACCGAUGCUUUGGCCGAUGCACUGCGGCGUGCGUUGGCGGCACGUGGCACUGUGAUGCACUCAGACGAUGAGGAGAGUAGCACUAGCUCAGACAAUGAUUGGUCCGAGUAAAUUUGCACCUAGGCAAAUAGAUGAAGCCUAGACAAACAAACAAAAAAGAUGAGACGAUGGAUGUGGCAAAAUUAUUCCAAAUAUAAAAGCAAUAAUUUAAUUUUGUGCUUUGGCAUUUUAGAUUUAUCGUCCAGAUAAAUCGCUGUACAUACCGUUUUAGUGAAUUUUCAUACCUCUUUAAUUUAAUAUUUUAAAGUGUAAACAACAGAAACAAAGGCAAGAAAACCACAAGUUAAUAACCACAAUAAUUAAUAGCAAAGACUUUGCGUUUUAUGAAAAUCACAUUUGCAUAUCCUUACCUUCAAUUUGCUCAAAAGGCGUAAUCAAAAGAUGAAAUCAUAAAGCAAAUAAGUAUAUAUACAAUAUAUAUAUAUCUAUAUUUAUGUAUGCAUAUAUACAAACAAUGUAUUGCCACAACAAUAACCUUAUAUAUAUCUACACUUAACUUCUUCAGAGAGAUGUGCCAAAAAACAGAAAUGAAAGAAA